CUAUUAGCAAUCAAAGUUGUUUGUAAUAGCAAAAAAACAUUCUUAAGAAUGAAAAUACUAAUUUUCUUUGUUGUAAUAUUCUUAGCAACAUGUGAUGGGAAUGUUCUCAAGCAUGAACAUGGAUCAACCAAUCAAAUUUUCCCUCUUCAAAUGAAAUCUGGGCCAGGUGGUCAUUACAUUCCCGAUUUAUCAUGUGCUAGUUGGAGAGUUGGUGUUGAAGCACACAACAUCAUUAAUUGGAAAACUAUUCCAAAAGAAUGUGAAAAAUAUGUUGGAAACUAUAUGUUAGGUGCUCAAUAUAGAGCUGAUUCUAAAUAUGUUAACCGUGAAGGUUAUUACUAUGCUAAGACUCUCAAUAUAAGUGGAGAUGGUAAAGACAUUUGGGUCUUUGAUAUUGAUGAAACUACACUAUCUAAUCUUCCUUAUUAUGCUAAACAUGGAUUUGGGGUGGAACCAUACAACGAGGUAGCGUUUAAUGAAUGGGUUGAGGUUGGGGCAGCACCAGCACUACCAGAAUCUCAAAAACUAUACAACAAAUUAUUGUCUCUUGGUAUCAAGAUUGUGUUCUUAACAGGAAGACCACUCAAACAAAAGAACUCAACAGCUACAAACUUGAAGAAUGCUGGAUACCACACUUGGGAAAAGUUGAUUUUAAAGGAUACAACAAAAUAUCAUGGUAAAACAGCAGUUACAUACAAAUCAAGUGAGAGAAAGAAGUUGGAGAAAGAAGGAUACAGAAUAGUUGGAAACAUUGGUGAUCAAUGGAGUGAUAUUCUUGGAACCAACAUUGGCCAGAGGACUUUUAAGCUCCCUGAUCCCUUGUAUUACAUUAGUUAAUAUAUUUCUCUAUGCUUUUAUUAUUAGCUACUUACCAAAUGGGUUUAAUUCAUAUUAUAUUAUGUAAUCCAUUUCUAAGCUAGCUAACUUCUAUGUUUUCUAAUAAAAUUAACUAAGUCACAUAUAAGAGAUUUAGCUUUAAGCUUUCUCUUUAUUUUGUGGUUUAAGUUAUAAAUUAAUUGUGUGUUCUUAAUUAUUCUGUUUAGCAAGAUUUUUUGUUUCUUUUUUGUAUUACAAAUUAAUAAAAUUGUGUUUGAAUG